UUUUCGCUAGAAGCAGAACUGGAUUGCCUUCUUAAUGCAACUUUUUUGGAAAGACACUAAAGGCAUCCUGACCGAUUCUUCAAGUAAAUCGUGCUACGGUGACGUUCCAUUCUCGCCAGGAACGGGUGGUUUCUCGUUUCCUCUCGGCUCUGCCGGGGAGAUGUUCCAGGGGUUCCCCGGUGACCCGGACAGCUCUCGUGGAAGUUCCUCUCCAUCGGUUGAAUCGCAUUACUUGUCCUCCGUGGACUCCUUUGGGAGCCCGUCCACCACCACUGCACCACAAGAGUGUGUAUCUGCUGCUGGCAGUGUAGGGGUCAUUGGUGGGUCAGCUGGCAGUGGAGCAGGGGUGGAAAUGCCCAGCUCCUUUGUCCCAACGGUGACAGCAAUCACCACCAGUCAGGACCUGCAGUGGAUGGUACAGCCUACCCUUAUUUCUUCUGUGGCACCUGGUCAGAGUAGCACAGGUACAACUACCAUGACCCAGUCUGUCGCAAUGGAUCCUUAUGACCUUCCGGGGCCAAGCUACUCAUCUGGCUCAGGUUUUACCCCUCCUGGCUCAGACACCCCUGGGCCGGUUCGUCACUCUCGGAGCCGCCGUCGCACACGUGAUGAAACGCUGACUCCGGAGGAGGAGGAGAAGAGGCGUGUUAGAAGGGAGAGGAAUAAAUUAGCAGCGGCCAAGUGUCGCAACAGAAGGCGUGAGCUUACAGACAGACUACAGUCGGAGACAGACAUUCUGGAGGAGGAAAAGGCUGAGCUGGAGGCAGAGAUCUCUGAGCUCCAGAAAGAGAAGGAACGUCUGGAAUUUGUCCUUAUCACUCACCAGCCAACCUGCAAGAUCCCAUACCAGGAAGAGCAGCAGCAGACGCCAGUGCCUCCUCCGCUCCCGUCCUCCUCUGUGGCAGUGGUGGGUUUGACUGUGAAGGAGGACAUGUUCUACCUGCCUCCACCUUACUCAUCCCACCAGCAGCAGCACCACCAGCCGCAGCAGCAGCCCCCACCACAGCAGCAAGGAAUGAUGCAGGAGCCUUCAGCCCAUGAGAGCCCACUGGACCCCGAAAACCCAUGGAACCUUGAAUGAUCGCCCCAGCACCACAUUAUCCCCUCCAGCAUGGACCAAGGAACUGCAGAGCUCAAAAACAACAACAACGUACCAGCUACACGAAUCAGACACGAUGAAAAACCAGGCAUCCAUCACCAGGAUUCCUAAAGGAUUUUGAAGAAUGGAUUGACUUAGGAAAGGGACUGAUCCAAGCUGGACACCCACUAGAGGAACACAGCAAAAAAAGCAAAAAAAUGCGUUACAGCAGCCAUCAUCUAAACAUUCCAUCUCAAAAUGUGCCCAUGCCAUUAAGGCUGUUUUCCGUUACUCAGAAAGUCCUCACAUUAUCCAUACAUCCCUUUACUGAAGAUUUUGCAGCUUUGUUUUUGCAAUAGUAUUAGCAGUGACUUUAAUAUGUGGUAUAUACAUAAAGGUGAUCAACACGUUUCAACAAGUUUUCUGUGCUAGCCAGCUUCAAGUGAGAAAUUUUACAAUGCAAAAGAAUUUAACUUUACUUACAACGUACAGGUUGGGCAAAGAGGCUGGACAUAUUUUUGUAACAGAUUAACAGGCAGCUGCAAGCUUUUAUUGUGAAAGAGCGUCACUGAAGCUGCUCCUCCAGUUUAGUUUUUUCUUCAAAGAUGUGUUGAGAAAGCACAACCAUUGGUCGAGGCAUAUAGAGGAGAAGUUGUUUAUAAAUAUGAAAGAAACCCUUAUUUUUCUGUGAAUUUGUUAAAUAUCGUUUUGGAUAUUUUUCAGUUUUGGUUAAGCUUUCUUCUUUUUGCUUUUGACUGUGUCAUUGCUGCCAAAUGGAGGAUGUUGUGGGGCCAAAUGUUGCUCCUUUACUGCAACUGUUACUGUUGUCUCAUUGUAAUGAUUACAAUAUAAGUAUUGUUAAUUAUUAUUGUAAUUAUUUCAUUGUUAUCUUACUUUUGGCAACUAAAACGUGUGCACUAUGAACCUUUUUAUGUCCUGAGGUAACCUUAAAAUGCUUUAUAUUAUG